AUGUUCUUCCAACCCAUUGUCGCUGCCAUUGCAGCCCUGACUCUUGCAUCCCCGGCUGUCUCAACGCAGACAUUUCUAAACACCGGCACAACAUCUGGCUGGUCAUCACAAAACAUCGAGAACAAGGGUAGCAUCCAGCAAGUAACCAAUGUCGUCUACCGCAACAGCUCAACUGCCCUGAAAUUCACGCAAGUCUAUGAUUCAUCCUGGACAGGACGAUUCCACUCCGAGAAAGCCGAAACAAAAGUAUGGAAACUCGGCGAUCAAGGGUUCUAUGGCUUCGCAUUCAGACUGCAGGAAGACUGGCAGGCGACCCCCGCACAGUCGUAUAAUAUUGCUCAGUUCAUCGCUGAUUUCUCCGACACCAACUGCGACGACUGGAUGCCGUCGAGCAUGGUCUGGGUAAUUGGCGACCAGCUGGCCACGCGCGUCAAGCAAGGCAGCAUCUGCAACCAAGGGCUCAAGGAGUGGAAGGGCCUCAAGACCGUGACACCCGGAGAGUGGCACACGAUCGUGAUCCAGGCCAACUGGCAGAGCGACGACUCGGGAUUUUACAAGAUGUGGUACGACGGCGAAAAAGUGGUCAACGCGACCGGUCUACCCACUAUGAUCGACGACGACCGCGCAUUUGACUUCCAUGUCGGCAUCUAUGCGAAUGCAUGGCACGACCAGCACGGUAUGAAGGGAACUCAGGGUACCAGAGAGAUCUGGGUCGAUAAUGUCGCCUUUGGUACCACUUUUGCGGAUGCCGAUCCGACCCGUGUCCAGGGUUAG